AAGCAUUUCCUCAUUUGCAGUAAAUGUAUUUGCACGGGUCUGUGCAGUAGCAUCAGCCUCAACAUACUGAAUCAUGCAGGACGUGGAGCACUUUAUCCAUCAAUAAACCAUCACUAAAAGGAAACAUGGGGGAGAGCGUUGAUGUCAAGGCUCUGAGGGCCAGGUUCAUCAACAAGGCCAGCACCUCGGACACCAGCAGCAGAGACAGCGGCUCCCCAAAAUCUCCCCGACCUGGGUUUGGGAGACUGAUCCUGCCACUGUCAGAGGACAAUUUGACGCAUCACAGACUGUCUCCUGCAGUUCCUCCUCCUCCAAUAGUUAGCCCAGGCCCGGUGAGGUUCCCGAGGGCAGAACCGAUGGCAUCAUCCAGACCUCCCUUCCCUCGACCGCCUCCCAAUCCAGGAGUCAGAGCAUCCAUCCAGCCGGUAGACGUCAGCAAGGUCAAGCUGAAGGGGGAGAUGCUACAGAACAUGAUGCUGAGGCACCAGAGGCCUACAUGCAUCAAGCCAUCCCCGGCUCAAGCAUGUACCUCCACGCCUCCACCACUCAAACAGCAGCCCCGACAGAGGAGCACAGGGGACGUGAUCCCGCUGAGGCGGCCACUGCCUCCUGAAGGACCCCUGCCUUUGAAACCCAAAAGGCCUCCCACUGUCACCCUUGAGUCCUUUCUGAGGUUCAACCAAGGACCUGCGCUUCCUGGUCCGAGAAAGAGUGAUGACUCCCCCAGCUCAGCAGGCAGAAAGAUGUCUUUACCUGUAUCCUUUAGUCCUCCAAAACUGCCACAGCGAUCCAACAAACCCAGCAGGCUGCCUCACCAAAUGGCCUCCAUGGACAUUGAGGAUAAACAGGACGAUUACGAUGACAUUGCAAGCUUUGAGAAGAACGAGUCUUGGAGCGACAACAGUUCACAGUGUAUAGACGGGGACAGUGAUGAAGUGUAUGAGUUUAUUGAUGAGGAUCAGGUGGACCUAAACCGGUCAAACGCUGAAAAGCAAAACAAAAAAGAAGCAAAGAGGCAACAGGCGCAGGAGAAGAAAGAUCAGAUGGCGCGUCAGAGAAAAGAAAAUGAUUUGAGGAAGAACUUUCAGUUGCAAGGGGAGGUGGAAGUUCUUCAUACAGCCAGAGUCCGGCAUGACUGGCAUGGAGGAGGAAAACUGGACCUCAGCGUACAACAAGGAGACAGCGUGGAGAUCCUCAGAGUGAAGAAUAACCCCACAGGCAAAUGGUUGGCUCAGUCUCUCAACGGAAACUAUGGAUACAUCAGUAACACAUGUGUAGAUGUUGACUAUGAAGCUGUGAAGCGUAAAUUGAUCCAGUCCAGAAAAAUAGACACAUCACCGUUGCUUCCACCACCUCCAGACCCCCCACUGAUGUUAAAUGUGGAUACCAAUAGCAGCAUGCUUCAAAAUGAUGAUGACUAUGAUGACGUUCAACCACUCCCUGAGGAUUUCCCCCCACCACCGAUUGAAAUCAGCAUAAAUCCCAAAGCGGGGAAGGAGCUAAGAAAAAGAUUUAAGUAUGAAGGGCCUCUCAGGGUGCUGCACACCAUGAUGGUGGAUCCUAAUAGUGUCAUAAAGAAGCCAGGAGGGAAGGAUCUGCAUGUGACUCCAGGAGAAGUAGUGGACAUCAUCCAGCUCACAAACAACAAGAAGGCUCUGUGUUGCAAUCAUCUUGGAAAAUGUAGAUGGUUAUGUAUCCAGAGCUCUUCUUCUUCCAAUGGAAGGAGACAUUUAUGACGAUGUUGACUACGUAUGUGACGUCUACGACAACGACUCUCUACACUGAUUAUUGAAACAUGUCAAACUAAACACACACGCGAACAGUAAGAGAGAAAGAGUUAGAGACAGGCAAAAGAAACAAACUGUAUGAAAAUGUAAAACUAAAAACUUAAGCUGUAUAAAACUAUAUAACUAUCCAAAUGGAAACACAUUUUUGCUUUACUUGACUUCACCGGAUGCUUUCAAAUAAACAGGAUUAAAUUUAUAGGAUUUAUAUACAACUAAAAUUAUGUAAAAAACUAUAUAGAACUGAGCAACGAAAAUAGAAAAUAGAAUGAAGAGAGAGAUCACACACACACACACACACACACACACACACACACACACACACACACACACACACACACACACACACACACACACGCACACACACACACACACACUCACACACACACAUGCCCUGUCCUAAGAAUAACAAACAUGUUGGUCAAACUGCUUGUAUAGAAAGUGAAUACACUAUUACUUUGGUUUUGUGUAUUGUUCGAUCUCGGAGAUCAUUUAAAAUAAUUGAAAUAACUUU